ACGCCACCGGGGUAAAGGUGGACUGCUUUGUGCCGCACUGACUGUAAUUUGACUGCCGCCCACAGAGUGCCAGCCAGUCAGUCGACUUUUUCCUGUCUGUGAGCGAAGUGCGCCUGGGAACUUUAUUAUUUAUUAUUAUUAUUAUUAUUUUGCAUCCAAUAUGUCCUUCAGUCGGAAAAACUGGUCGGCUUUGUCCAGCCUGGCACGCCAGUGGACGAUGGAGGACGAGGAGGAGGUGGAGAGGGAGAGGAGGAGGAGGGUGAAGAGCUCUACCAGCGCCGACCCAGAUGAGCCUAGAGACACGCCCACCAGUGACAGUGCCUUUGGGACAGAUUCCACGACUGAGACGUCCCAGGGCCCCAGCAGCAUUGAGCAAAUCCAGCUCGACUUUGUGGAGAUGCUGCGAGUCCGCGAUGAAAAGCGGAGGAUGAGACACGUGGAGACACUGAGACGACAGAAGGAGGAAGAGGAGGAUGGAGCGGAAGCUAACAGAAGAGGAGGAGGAGGAGAGGCCAGGGUGGAAUUACUGGGAGACUUGGAUGAGGAGCAGGGCAGUGUGUUUACCUCUGUGAAAACUACAUCCAAACCACAACCACCUAAAAAAACAACAUCUUACAGCCCCAGCAGUCCCACCAGCAGCAGCACCAGCAGCAGCAGCAAUACCAGCACUAACAUCACAAAAAGACAACAUGAAAACGGUGAGUCGUCAAGCAAAGGCCCUGAUCCCAAGCCACCGUCCAACCCGGCGCGCACGUUUGUCAGUUCUGUAUCCAUCUCUCUUGACAAGAGUCCCACCGUCAGCGGGCGCACGACUCCCAUGAGCCCUCGCUCUCCAACUGCCCCCUUGUCACCUCGAGAAUACUGGCCCUCACCCUGUCAGAGUCCCUCUCCCAGGGGAGCUCAAAGCCCUGUUCAGAACGGACACACACAGGAGACCCGCGAGAAUGUCUCUUCCUCCAAUGGGAACUUUGAACAGACGACCAAACCUGCCUUCAUCAGACAGAGUUCCAGGACUAUAUCUUUCAGGAUGAUGAAGAAGAAAGAAGAAGAGAGUGCACCGCUCCAGCGGAGUGCAAGUAUGAGGAUGGCCACCAAGAAGUUUGAACCCAACACAGACCAACAUGGAGAUGAAGACAAACCAUCGUCUUUCCAGAGAAACUCCAGGCAGAGGAUUUCAUCCAGGUCCAUCCAGGAGAAGAUGGAGAGACUGGCUCAGGCUGCACAGAAGUCAGACAUAAUGCGAUCUCCAGAUGUGACCCAGAGGACCCUGUUCCUGCUGGAUGAGGUGUCCAGGAAGAGAGGUCUCUUUGAGAAGGAGAAGCAGGAAGUUGCUCCCUCCAGCCCUGGAAUUUCCAGACAGGAAUUCAGGCACUUCACAUCAGGAAUGUCGGACCGGAUCAACCGCUGGCUCAACAAGACAAACCAAACUGGGGCCUCACACAGUCCUGACUUGAGACAUGUGGACAUCGGCAGUAAGAGGUGCCUGUUUGAGAGCACAGGGGAGGACAGUGUCUCAAAAGCCAGCUCUGGAAAAAUCUAGUGAAGGAUUUAUAAUGUCCAACAGGAUUAAGAAGAUGGCAAGAGACAAAGAGAACUGGGAGAUUAAUGAAUUCCACCACUGACUGAUUGCUUUUUCAAGCUUUAUAUGUUGUUUUUUCUUAACUGCCAAAGCAAACAGAGGGAAAACAGACAGGAGAAUUAGAGAAAAAAGUGAGCUGAGUUGUAGCUUUAGGAGACUGAGAAAGAUGAAUUUGCUUUUAAAGUUAGGAGGCUUCUAUCAUACAUUUUCACAAUACUUCUUGAAGUAUAAAUUUGUCUUUUUUCAAACAUUAAAACAUAAGAGAAAGAUGUUCAGCAAAGGAUAAGGAAAGUGACAGAAAAGAGGAAGGGCAGUGACAAAUUAGUUUUAAAACACUUCAGCUGUUUGCCUUAACCUUGUGUAAUCUUUCAAGCACUUUAAAUGGGUGAAGGUCUUAAAGCAAAUGAUACCCAUGUUUAUUGAAUUACAGUAGCGGGAAGUCUGGAGUUUUAAUUGUAUGUUUUCAUCUAAUCUGCCAAAAUGUAAGUUUUGUUCUGUGUGUCCUUGUGGGCAAGAUGCUGCCUGUCUGAGGAAUAAAAUGUUUUACUACAUAUGUCUGCCAUAAAUUUAUUUUAAUUGCUCAA